CGAGCUUCUUCCGAGUCACAACCUUACACCAAGCAUCUCUUCAGUCCUUCUUUUCUCUCUCUCCCACCGACACACAAGCACAAGAAAAAGCAGGAUGGUUAGCACACUAAAUGAACAAAAGAUCAGUGGAUACUUCAAGAACAAAAGCAUCCUGAUCACUGGAUCAACAGGCUUUCUUGGAAAGGUACUGGUGGAGAAGGUACUGAGAGUUCAGCCUGAUGUGAAGAAAAUCUAUCUCCCGGUUCGAGCGGUCAAUCAAGCGGCGGCGAAACAACGGGUGGAGACUGAGGUCAUAAGGAAGGAGUUGUUCGGACUUUUGAGGGAGAAGCACGGGGACGGGUUUGAAUCUUUCAUUGCAGAGAAGGUGGUUCCAUUGGCCGGAGACAUGAGGUGCAAGGACUUCGGCAUUGACUAUGAGACUCUAACGGAGCUAAGACUGACCCACGAGCUAGAGGUCAUUGUCAACGCCUCUGCCACGACCAACUUCUAUGAAAGGUAUGAUGUGGCUCUCGAUACGAACGUGAUGGGUGUGAAGCAUAUGUGUAACUUUGCCAAGAAGUGCCCCAAUCUUGACAUGCUCCUCCACGUCUCCACGGCUUACGUGGCGGGUGAGAAGCAAGGGCUGGUGCAGGAGAGGUUGUUCCAAGAUAGUGAGACGCUGCGUGAUGGGACCCACCUCGACAUCGACAUGGAGGUAAGGUUGGCGAAAAACCUCAAGAAGAAGAUGGAUGCUGAUGUGUACACAUCACCCAAGGCUCAGAGGAGGGCCAUGAAGGACCUCGGCCUCACUAGGGCCCGACACUUUGGGUGGCCCAACACGUAUGUGUUCACCAAAUCCAUGGGAGAGAUGGUGUUGGGCCAGCAAUUCGUGGGCGAGACUAGUGUCUCCGUUGUCAUCAUCCGUCCCACCGUUAUCACAAGCCUACAUAAUGACCCUUUGCCUGGAUGGAUUGAAGGCGUCGGUUCAAUCCACUCAAUCUUGAUUGGUUACGUAAAGAAUGGACAUACCAGCUUCUUGGCUAACCGCAAUCUAAUAAUGGAUGUGAUGCCCGGCGACAUGGUGGUGAAUGUGAUGAUGACAACGAUGGUGGCACACAGCUCGUCCUUGUUGGAGAAGAAAAAGUCACAUCUUGAACCAAACACACCGAUGGUGUACCACGUGAGCUCGUCCCUACGCUACCCAGUGUCAUACGCGGUGUUGUACGAGGCGGCAUUUCGGUUCUUCAAGGAGCAACCCAUCUCUGGUCUAGACGGACGCACCGUGCUCACUCAUAAGAUGUGGUUUAUUGGCAACAUAUUCUUCUUUCGACUCUUCAUGGUGCUUAGGUACCGCCUCCCCCUCGAGCUUCUCCACUUGAUAUCCGUCCUCUGUUGUGGCUUCUUCGGCCUUGAUGAUUUGUACCAAGAACUUGCACGCAAGUAUAGGCACGCAAUGCAAAUAGUGGACUUGUAUGGUCCCUUCGCCCUAUUCAAGGGGUGCUUCGUCGAUGCCAACCUAAACAAGCUUAGACUCGCCAUGGCCAAUGACCAUGGUAGUCUCUUCAAUAUUGACCCCAAGACCAUCGAUUGGGACGACUACUUCUAUAGGGUCCACCUCCCCGGGGUCAUCAAGUAUAUGCUCAAGUGAAUUAACAUACAUCAAAGUUCCGGUGUUGCCUUAUUAAAUAAGAGGUUCUCGCAAAUGCCAUUCGAGGAGGGUCUUUUUUGUUGCCAAACAUUUUGAGAAUCCAUGUGAAAAAUAAAAGAACAAAUGUCCAUCUGGAUAGAAAAGGAACCAAUGUUGCAUUUGUUUCUCGAAGGAAAAGGAAUAAUAUGAUAUUAAUCUCAUUCUUGCUCAGGUAUUUUUAGUUUCGUUUUCCUUGAGGAUAGUGUGAUUCAGUAAUUGUAUUUGUAUAAGUUAAACUAAUGAAUUUUUCAUAACGUAGUCACCUAUGUGUUUCAUUGAACGAAAUUGAAUCAUGAUUCAUGUUCAUCCAAGUGGAGACGGAAAAGAAAAGGAGUGGAGAUCCGCGAGGAUGACAUCAGACGCCCAUUGUGCCACAAGGCAGAGAGGGGGGAAGGGGUGUGUAAUGCUUAGGCGGGCAUUUCAUUGUGGAGGGAGUGUUCCAUUAAAUUGGGACUAAGUUGGUUAUUGAGGAGAAAUAUUAGGACUUUCAAUGCAUUUAACUCUUCUAGGAAUUGACACUAUAGAAUUAUCAAUUUUAAACCAAACAAUAUUUUUCUUUUUGUUAUCAAUGCAACCCCCCCCCCCUCGUCCCUCAGAAACAUAUUAUUUCUGUUUUUACGCAUAACUCUAUUUUCCAUUUUGAAGGUCUUCAAUUGUGCUCGGUUUUUAGCACAAAUCACUAUUUGUUCUAUGCAAAACAUUUUUUUGUUUACUCAAAAUUAAGUGUAUAUAUACAUACACAUAUAUAUAUUUGUAGUUUUGGCUUUUAGAAUCAAAGAAUUGUGUAUUGUGUUAAUCAAUUGAGUUAAGGUAUUCCCUAGCCCCACUAGUAGAAAACAAGGCUUUGGUCCACCUGAAGAAAUCUCAUUAGUCCCGGGUUCACCCACGAACCGGGACCUAUGGUGUCAUUAGUCUCGGUUCGUGAGGCCAGGGUGCCAGGCGGGCAUCAUGGGCCAUU